GGUGUGCUUUGGCAUUCUAGAGUUCAAAAUGGAGUCUCCAACCGAUCUUCGUCUUAAAGCGUACCGUCUAAUUGCAUACUCGGCUGUCGGAUUCUCUGUUACUGCCGCUGUUGCAUUGUGUCUGACUUUGCCACUUAUUUUCACUUAUGUUGAGAAUACCAAGGCUCAACUUCAUCGCGAGUCUUUGUAUUGCAAGAACUCGGUGCAAGAUAUGUGGUCUGAAAUCAAUAGCGACGUGUCAGUGAACAGAACUGCAAGACAGGCUGGAUACUCGUCGGGAGGUCCUGAUGCUGGAGCAGGAGCCGGAGCUGCAGAUGCAGCUGCUGGCGGUGGAUGCACUGGAUGCUGUAAUCCAGGACCACCAGGACCAGGAGGAUCUCCAGGAAAGCCAGGAAAGCCAGGAAAGCCAGGAGCACCAGGAGCUCCGGGAGCCGCUGGAAAGGGGGCAUCUGCACCAUGCGAAGCAAAAACUCCACCACCAUGUCAGCCAUGCCCAGCAGGACCACCAGGACCACCAGGACCAGAUGGACCAGCUGGACCAGCAGGACCAGACGGAGAAGCAGGAUCACCAGCCGCACCAUCGCCACCAGGACCACCAGGACCACCAGGACCAGCAGGACCCGCAGGAAACGACGGAGCCGCCGGAACUCCAGGACCAGAUGGACCAGCUGGAGAGAGCACUUAUCCAGAGCCAGCAGGACCAGGACCAGCUGGACCACCAGGACCAGCAGGACCACCGGGACCAGAUGGAGCCAGUCCAACCGCUGCCCCAGGAGCUGCCGGACCACCAGGACCACCAGGACCAGCUGGAGCUCCAGGACCAGACGGAAACCCAGGAACUGCAGGACCACCAGGAAAAGCUGGAGGUGAAGGAGAAAAGGGAAUCUGCCCCAAGUACUGCGCCAUCGACGGAGGAAUUUUCUUCGAGGAUGGAACACGGCGUUAAUUCCAUUUAUUAUUAUUACCAUUACUUUGCAAUUGACUUCAUUUGUCUUGCCAAUAAAUUUAGAGCAUUUUCAAA